AUGUUGGGUCCUAUCACCCCCACUCAAUCCCACGAAUAUACCGAAAUGUCUCGUCUAGCCGACUACUUUGUAGUAGUGGGCUAUGAUCACGAGAAAGAAAGGGGUGGUAUUAGUAGUGGGAUCAUUAUACAAAGAUUUCCAGAAAAAGAUUGGUCUGAUACACCAUUUAUUGAGGGUAUAGAAUGGUUUUGUCAACCUCAAGGAUGGGCUUUAUCAACAGAAAGACAAGAACCACGCUUUUUUGUAUCGAUAUUAACAGAUAUCGAUGCAAAUCGUCAUUAUUGCGCUUGUAUGUGUUUCAAUGAGACAGUCUCUAUAAUGCCAAGUAAACCUGUAGAUGAAGAAGAAGAACCUGUUGAUAAUGAUAGCCGUUCUUUGGUUAGAUCAAUGCCUUCUAUUGCACAUCAUAGCAUUAUGUAUGCUCCUAAAUGUCUGGUGCUGGUUUCCAGAUUAGAUUAUAUUGAAACUUUUAGGAACUGUCUUGGCAUUAUUUACACAGUAUAUGUAGAAAAUCUUGGAAUACCAUUAGAGACAUUAGUGGGAAAUAUAUUAGGAUGUAUACAAGUACCACCUGCAGGAGGACCUCAAGUACGAUUUAGUAUUGGAGCAAGUGAUCGUCAGGCUCUUCAACCACCAAUUAGUCCUUCACUUCCAAUAACUCAUACUAGUGUAAAUCUUUUAUUUCAACAAUUAGGUAUUCGCAAUGUACUAGUGUUAUUUUGUGCAGUUAUGACAGAGCAUAAGAUACUCUUUCACUCUGCAAGCUAUUCUAGAUUAACUGAAGGAUGUCGUGCUCUAACUGCAUUGAUGUAUCCAUUUAGAUACACACAUGUUUACAUUCCUCUUUUACCUGCGGCUCUAGUCGAAGUACUCAGUACACCCACGCCAUUUAUAAUGGGAGUACAUAGUUCACUCAAGCACGAGGUUGCAGAACUUAUGGAUGUGAUAGUAGCCGACUUAGAUGGUGGAUCUAUAAUGGUUCCUGAUGGAGUAUCACUUUCUUUGCUCCCAGAACCUCUUCUUUCACAAACACAAGAUGCAUUAUCUCUUGUUUUACAACCAGAACUAGCAUGUGCAGAUUAUGCAUUUCCUCCUCUUGCUACAAGAGCUCCACAUCCUCCAAUGUUAGAUAAAGAAUUAAGAGCAGUUUUUAUGAGAACUUUUGCUCAAUUGCUACAAGGUUAUCGUAGUUGUCUUACAUUAAUACGAAUUCAUCCAAAACCAGUUAUUACUUUUCACAAGGCUGCUUUCUUAGGAGAACGUGGUUUAACAGAUUGUGACUUCACAACGAGAGUUUUAGAUUGUAUGUUUUUUACAUCUUUUAUUGCAGAAAGAGGUCCACCAUGGAGACCUUGUGAUGUAUGGGAUGAAUUAUACAGCAGUUUAAGUGAUCAGUUAAAACAGGAAGCACAAGAUCAUAGACUUGUUUUAACACACAUUCAAGAACUUGCACAACAAUUAUAUACGAAUGAAAAUCCUAAUCCUCAACCAUAUGUACAAAAGAUCUUAAAGCCACCAGAAGGAGCCUUUGCAAGAAUUCAUCAACCUCUUUUACCUCGUGUCAAUCCAGAGCAAGUACAAGCAAUUAUAGAUGAAGGUCUUGCCAAAAACAAUUUAAAUGUUAGAUUGACAUCAUUAAGACCAAUUCAACCACGUAUUGUACCUAUAGGCCCACAUAUUUCAUUUGUUCAUGAUACUAGACACUUGGUGAGCAAUUCAGCACGCAGAUUAGAAGUGUUGCGUAAUUGUAUAAAUUGUAUAUUCGAAAAUAAAAUAUCAGACGCUCGUAAAACUUUCCCAGCAGUUUUAAGAGCUUUAAAAAGCAAAGCUGCUCGAUUAGCUCUUUGUAUGGAAUUAUCUCAGCAUGUCGUUGGUAAUAAAGCCAUGCUAGAACACCAACAAUUUGAUUUGGUAGUGCGUUUAAUGAAUUGUGCAUUACAAGAUGAUUCCUCAAUGGAUGAACAUGGUGUAGCUGCUGCUCUUCUUCCUCUUGCAACGGCAUUUUGUAGGAAACUUUGUACAGGUGUUAUACAAUUUGCAUACACUUGUAUUCAAGAACAUCCUGUGUGGCAAAAUCAACAAUUUUGGGAAGACGCUUUCUAUCUGGAUGUACAAAAAGAUAUAAAACGUUUAUAUCUACCUGGUGAUAAUUCCCCGCCAAGACUUGCAAAUGAUAGCAUUUUAAAUCCUAUCAGUCCACGAGAAAAUAAGGAAUUUCCAUUUCGUGAUCGUUAUUCCAUAUAUCAAACUCAGGAACCCUCAGCUUUAGAAAUUGCUGCUGAACAAAUGAGAAUUUGGCCAGCUAUUGAUCCAGAAAAACAAAAAGAACUUAUAGCAAGCGAAGAAAGUACUAUGUACAGUCAAACCAUUCAUUAUGCCAACAGAAUGGUAUACUUACUAGUUCCUCUGGAUAUUGGUGCAAAAACUCAUCGUCAAGAUAAUGUUUAUGAUGAUGAAAGAGCUAGUAACAGUAUUACAAACAGUGUGGCAAGUGACAGUGGUGAUGCAGAAUCUGGAUUCGAGGAAACUGAUCCUGGUGAAACUGGUAGUGUUGUUAUACGCAUGGUUUCACGAUUUGUAGACCGUGUUUGUACUGAAGGAGGUGUUAGCGCUGAACAUGUAAGGUGUCUUCAUCAAAUGGUUCCUGGUGUUGUUCAUAUGCAUAUUGAAACUCUUGAGGCUGUACAUAGGGAAAGCAAGAGAUUACCACCAAUACAGAAGCCUAAAAUCUUAACACCCAAUAUGUUACCUGGUGAGGAAGUCAUAAUGGAUGGUUUGCGCGUAUAUCUUCUACCAGAUGGUAGAGAAGAAAGUUCUGCAGGUCUUCCCAAAAUACCACCAUUGUUGCCAGCAGAAGGAGCUAUUUUCCUUACUAAUUAUAGAAUAGUAUUCAAGGGAAUACCCUGUGACCCAUUUGCUUGUGAACAACUAGUAGUUCGAGCUUUUCCUGUUACAUCAUUAACCAAGGAAAAGCGUGUUGCUGUACAGCACUUGGCACAUUUAGAUCAGUGUCUUCAAGAAGGACUACAAUUACGUUCGUGUACAUUUCAAUUAAUAAAACUGGCAUUCGACGAAGAAGUAACGCCAGAAAACAUAGAAACAUUGAGAAAAUUAGUUCACAAAGCACGUUAUCCACCACAUAUAUUUCAUCAUUUCGCAUUUAAUGGUCAAGCAUUAGUUACACAAACUGCCCAUCAUAAAGGAAAGGAAAAAAAUGCUACACUGAAAGGAUUUGCCAAAAAGACCCUUUUGAAAACAGCAAGAAAGGCUGGCUUUAAACCAAAACAAUCAUCAAAAAGGCAAAAAUACGUUUUACCAAACAUGAAUUUAAUGACCAAUAAUAAAUACAUGACAUUACCUGGACGAAUGAGUUUACCAGUCACUGAUAACAAUGACUUAAGUCAUGAUGAUGAUCUCAGCAUUGAUGAUUAUGAAAUACCAGGAAUUGUAAGUCAGCCUCCAACCGAUGCAAAGACUUUGGAACGUCUUUCUGAACGCAGUUAUGUCAAAGAUUGGUAUCGAUUGGGUCUAUAUGCUAAUGGGCCAUAUAGUAAUCGACGAAACGAGCCUUUUAGAUUGUCUUCUGUGAAUUGUGCAUAUAUGAUCUGCAGAAGUUAUCCCGCUCUUCUCAUAGUUCCUACAUCUGUAUCGGAUGAAAGUAUUCGAAGGUUUUGUCGGCUUUAUCGACAUAGUAGAGUUCCAGUUAUUACUUGGAGGCAUCCAAGAACGAAGGCACUUCUUGUUAGAGGUGCUGGUUAUCAUGGUAAAGGUGUCAUGGGUAUGUUAAAGGCUCAUCCAACUUCAGCUGCUAAUUUAAAAGCAACUUCAUCUGAAACAACGUCUUCCUUGGAACAAGAAAAAUAUCUUAUGGCUCUUGUAGCUGCUACUCCAUUAUCUGUAUUGCGUCAAGGUUCAGCAUGGGGCAUGUCUGAUUCCUCUCUUAGCAUAGAUUCAUUAUUAUUAGCUGCAGAGGAUCGUAAUGCCACUCCUGAACAAACUAGACGAAAUCCAUUCAAUAAAGCUAUAGGUACAUUAGGAUCAUCAGGUGGUAAAGGAGCAAAAAAUUUUGGACGCUGGGGCUCACUUAAAGAUAAAAGACAUAAUUCUCAAGCUUCAUUAACUUCUGUUCAUCAACGUGGUACAGUGAGACAUUCUGCUGACUCAGAUAGUGGAACAGAAUGUGUUCAUACUUUUCAACGUGCGGCUCUAUAUAUUCUUGGAGAAAAAUCUCACAUGAAGGGUGUUAAAACAGAAUCAACUCCUAAAACUGAUUUUAUACCAGUAGAAUAUUUUGAUGUAAGGCAUACUAAAGCUGCAUUUAAAAAACUUAUGCGAGCAUGUGUUCCAAGUUCUCCAAAUGUUGAACCUGAUCAAAGUUUCUACAAAUUAAUUGAAAGUUCAGAAUGGUUACAACAAUUACAAAAUUUAAUGCAAUUAUCUGGAGCCGUAAUCGACCUGAUGGAUGUACAAGGUUCAUCAGUUGGAGUUUGUUUAGAAGAUGGUUGGGAUACAACAGCAACCGUUUGUUCUGUUGCUCAAGUUUGUCUUGAUCCACACUAUAGAACUAUUGACGGUUUUCGAACUUUGAUCGAAAAGGAAUGGCUUGGUUUUGGUCAUAGAUUUGGCCAUAGGAGUAAUCUUGCUGCAAAUUCACAAACAACAAAUUUCACUCCCACUUUUCUUCAAUUCCUUGAUAUAAUACAUCAAAUUCAAAAGCAAUUUCCAUUGGCAUUUGAAUUUAAUGAUUAUUAUCUUAGAUUUUUGGCAUAUCAUUCAGUAUCUUGUCGAUUCCGCACAUUUUUGUUAGAUUGUGAAUUUGAUAGAGUGGAGUGUGGUAUUGCUGCUGUUGAAGAUAAGAGAGGUUCAUUGACGAGCCAUCAUAAAGGUGUAGAUACAGGUAGCGACGAUGAAACAAUAUAUCCUGGUGGUAGAUUAGUUGGAACGAGUACUGGUUGUAAUUUAGGCCAGAGUAUAUUUGACUAUAUCGAAAGACAACAUGCAAGAUGUCCUCUAUUUUAUAAUUUUAUGUAUUCGCCAAAUACUGAACAUUACGUUUUGAGACCUGUUUCACAUUUACCAAAUCUUGAUAUUUGGCAAUAUUAUUUAGAAGAAGAAUUAGCCCAUGGUCCAGCUUAUGAUUUAGAAGUAUUGCAACAAGAUUCUCAACAAGAGGAAGAAGCAGAAGCUGCUGAUGGUAUUGUGAAGAGUAAUCGAAAAGUAGUCACACAAGGUUAUGAUGGAAUUAGUGCUAUGGUACCUGAUCAAUUUUCACAUCUUUUGGAAGAAAUCCAUAAAUUAGAAACUGAAUUAGGACAUUUACCCCAGAAAUGGAAAGUCCUUUGGGAUAAACUUGAAUUACCUAAUACAGAUUCAUUAGCUCGACACGCAUCAUUUAGUACAGCGCUUGUAAGAUAUCAUGGUAGAUUAAUACAUAAGCGUUCUACUUUUGAACUUUUAUUAAGGGGGAAAUUAGCUGGUGGAAAUACAGCUGGAAACGAAGGUUCUGUUUAUGCACAUCCACAUAGGUUUGACAGAUUAGAUUCAGCUACUCCAACUCAUUGUGAUGCAUGCUCCGGUGUGUUAUGGGGACCCGUAAAAGCUGGUUUGCGAUGCGUUGAUUGCGGUCACGUUUGUCACGAUAAGUGUGCAGAUGCAGUGCCAAAAAAUUGCACAAAAUACAAAGCAGUAACUGAUAAUCUACAGACUCAUACUCUUACACGAAGCGGUGGAGAUAAUGGAAGUGUUAAUUCAAGUGUAACUACAAUACAAACAUCUUCGCAACAAUAUUAUGAACAAUUCUCUAGUAACGUUGCGGAAAAUAGAACUCACGAAGGAUAUCUUUACAAGCGAGGUGCUUUAUUGAAAGGUUGGAAGCAAAGGUGGUUCGUAUUAGAUUCUAUCAAGCAUCAAUUAAGGUAUUACGAUGCAAUGGAAGAUUCUCAUUGUAAAGGAUACAUAGAUUUGGCAGAAGUUGUGUCUGUUACUCCAGCUGCACCAAUGCCAGGGCCGCCAAAGAAAACAGAUGACAAAUCAUUUUUUGAUCUCCGUACAAAUCGAAGGACAUACAAUUUUUGUGCUGGUGACGCAGCAACUGCACAAGAAUGGAUUGAGAAGGUCCAAGCAUGUUUACAGUAGCACCUCAGCUUGAUCAUUAUUCUAAUUUAAAUCGUGCAAG